AGGAUCCACCCCGAGGGGGAGCGGGUGGCGCAGAGGAUCCGGGGCGCCGCCGACCUGCCCAAGAUUCCCAUACCAAGUGUGCCUGCGUUCCAGCCGUCCACCCCCAUCCCUGAGCGCCUGGAAGCUGUACAGCGCUACAUCAGGGAGCUUCAGUACAAUCACACUGGGACACAAUUCUUUGAGAUUAAGAAGAGCAGACCUCUGACUGGGCUGAUGGACCUGGCCAAAGAAAUGACCAAAGAGGCCCUGCCAAUAAAAUGCCUGGAAGCUGUGAUCCUGGGAAUUUACCUCACCAACAACAUGACCACGCUGGACCGUUUCCCCAUCAGCUUCAAAACCCACUUCUCAGGGAACUACUUCCGACACAUUGUGCUGGGGGUGAACUUUGGAGGACGCUAUGGGGCACUGGGCAUCAGUCGACGUGAGGAGCUCAUGUACAAAGCACCUGUCUUCCGCACACUGAGCGAACUCAUCUUUGACUUUGAGGAGGCAUAUCGCCGCUGCUGGCACACUCUCAAAAAGGUGAAGCUGGGCCACUGUGUGUCCCAUGACCCACACAGCGUGGAGCAGAUUGAGUGGAAGCACUCCAUCCUGGAUCUAGAGAAGCUAACCCGGGAAGACUUCCGCAAAGAGCUUGAGAGGCAUGCCCGUGAUAUGAGGCUGAAGAUUGGCAAAGGAACUGGGCCACCGUCUCCCACCAAGGACAGAAAGAAAGAUGUCUCCUCCCCGCAAAGAGGUCAGGCCAGCCCGCAGCGGCGCAACAGCCGUGGGGACCGACGACCAUCUGGUGAGAAGAAGCCUGCUGAUUCCAAAGCCAUGCCAGACCUCAAUGGGUACCAGAUCCGGGUGUGA